UGAUAUAUUCGUUAUGCCAUUAAACGACGGAUCGCUACCAAUGUCGUGCGCAGGUUUAAACGUCUGAGUAACCACUAACAGUGUUGGGCCAUUUCACUGUGUGUAUUUUGUUGUGAAGCACCCGCGUGAACAAGAGUUGAAUAAGAAGACACAGUCGGCGUAGAACGGGGUCUUCCAAAAUGAAGGCUGUGAAGACGUGUCUCCACAACACUGUACACAAUCGUAAAAUGAGACGAUACAGCUUCUGGCUCGUGUGUGCGACACUGUUCUGUCUGGUCCUGUUCUUUAACCACUUCACCAUUCACAGCAUUUCAAAAUACAUCACAAAGUACGAUGCUUCUAAAGUGGUGGAAAACACAGACGGAACAAAAGACAGAGUGCGACACCAGCGGUCAGUAGACAUGCCAUCAGAGUUAUCUCUACCUAAGUUAAACAUUGAAUCACAAAAUGCUUACCAAGAUUUGCGGUCGGACCUGUCUCCGUCUAUUGUUCAUUACAUCUGGAGUAAACGCGGCUAUUUUGAAUUCAGACACUAUCUGGCACUAAAACGAGUUAUAGACAUAGUGAAUCCGGAUGCAGUUUUUUUUCAUUUUACUUAUCUUCCGGAGACGGAUGCAGAACAAUAUUACAUGUGGUUUAACCGGAUACAGAAGGAAGUUUCUCAUUUUGUCAUGCACAAGAUCAACACAACUAACGAACUCACUCCUCUAACUCGGGUUCGUCUGGCAGUGAUGCUGGUGCACGAAUACGGAGGAAUUUACGUCCCGGAAAGUUCUAUUGUCACGGGUCUUCCCGUUUCUUUACGAAGCUUCUCGUUCGUCUCCGGACUGAGCUCAGCAGACAUAGCCGUCGGGUUUUCUGACGGGUUGCUGAUCGGGAAGAAACGAGGCUUCGAUAGACCGGAAACAACCGACCAGGUGAUGUCUCUUCUGGAUCUAGAAGACGAACAUCACACGAGAGUCAGAUCCUGCUGUUCGGAGCCUCAAACCACGGAUGGAUUCAACGCCGGCGCAGUCUGUAUAAACAUACAGAGACCGUUACACCCUAAAGACAUCUGGUUUAACGACACUCAGAUCGCGUUGCUGGGGAAGCUGACGAUGUAUGGAGUCUCGCAGGUGAAACCGGCACACGAUGCCAAGCGGCCGAUCCCGAGAAUAUCUCACUACGUCUGCGUGAGCGCCUGCCAGAUCACAUUCCUCGGUUACCUCAGCAUGCUGAGCGCCGUAUACGUCGCAGGGUUCAGCUACGUCUACAUCCACGGGCCGGUGACGCCCUCUGGCGACUGGUGGGAGAGGCUGUCGAAGCGACCGCAGUUCGUCUAUCUUUACCGGGAGAUUCACGAAUCCACACGAGAUGGUCGGAGCAUUUCGGAAAGUCUCGGCACGAAUCUCAUGCGACUUCACAUCCUGCUCAAAUACGGCGGCGUGUACCAAGACGCGAACACUUUAUGGACUCAGUCGAUCCCCGACGAUCGUUUCGAGUACGAGGCUGUUGUCUCCCCUGACUGGCACACGCACGGCGCAUGGCCGGAGUCCAUUAACCACGGGGUGAUGAUGGCGAAAGAAAACUCCGAGUACAUCCGCCAACUGCACACGAUGUUCGUGACACAUCGGGAAGAUCCGCCGUGGUUCGUCGAUCACUACCUGUCGUACAGGAUCAUAGAGAUGCAGCCAGAGUUGGUGUUCAUCGACCCUCACCUUCAGGUGAAAUGUCUCAACCACAACUGUCAUCCCACCUGGCAGCCAGGGUACCGGUCCACUCUGCUUCAGAACAAGCCCGGUCAGGAUUUCACGUGGCAGAACGAGACUAUUUCCGUCCACUGGGUUGACAGUUUUCCUGACCUGAACACGGACAUGGUCCGCUACACGAGCGGACUAGCUAUAGAAAUAUCCCGGUUUAUACUCGCAUCUGCGGGCGUGCCAUUAAAUUCUAUUUGAUUUAA